AUGGCGUCGAUCCGCCGGCCGCACUCGCCGGCGAAGCAGCACCUGCUGCGGCACCACCACCCGUUCGUCACCUCCUCCCCGCCCUCCUCGCCGCUCCGCCACUCCUCCUCCUCCUCCUCCUCCCCCCGGACCCACCACCACGGCGGCUACCCGCACCCGUUCCUCUUUUUCACCCGCCGCCCGCUGCCGCGGUUCGCGGCCUUCUUCCUGCUCGGCUCCUUCCUCGGCCUGCUCCACUUCCUCUCCCACCUCCCCCACCAGACCCCGCACCUCCGCCCGUCCUCCCCCAACCCAACCGCCGUCCUCCUCCCCCACCACCAGCUCCCCAUCGUCCGCCUCCACGACGACGACGAAUCCUCCGACGCCGACAGGAACAAGCUGCUGGUUGUCGUCACGCCCACGCGCGCGCGCGCCGCGCAGGCAUACUACCUCAGCCGGAUGGGCCACACGCUGCGCCUCGUCGACCCGCCCCUGCUCUGGCUCGUCGUCGAGGCCGGCAAGCCCACGCCCGAGGCCGCCGCCGCGCUAAGGGGGACCACCGUCCUGCACCGCUACGUCGGCUGCUGCGACAAGCUCAACGCCUCCGACUCCGACGACGGCGCGCUCCGCUUCCGACCGCACCAGAUGAAUGCCGCGCUCGAGCUCAUCGAGAACCACCGCCUCGACGCCAUUGUCUAUUUCGCCGACGAGGAGGGCGUCUACUCCCUCGACCUCUUCAAACGCCUGCGCCAAGUCAGGAGGUUCGGCACAUGGCCUGUGCCAGUGAUCUCUGAAAACAGAAAGGAUGGUGUGGUGCUGGAAGGCCCUGUGUGUAAACAGAACCAAGUUGUGGGGUGGCACACAAGUGAGCAUGUCAGCAAGCUCCGUAGAUUUCAUGUUGCUAUGUCGGGUUUCGCGUUCAACAGCACCAUGCUCUGGGACCCCAAACUCCGGUCCCAUUUGGCAUGGAAUUCAAUCCGGCAUCCGGACACAGUGAAAGAAGGUUUUCAAGUAACCACGUUCAUAGAGCAACUAGUGGAGGAUGAAAGCCAGAUGGAAGGCAUACCCGCUGACUGCUCUCAAAUAAUGAACUGGCAUGUGCCAUUUGGAUCUGAGAAUCUUGCCUAUCCCAAAGGAUGGCGAGUUGCGACGAAUCUGGAUGUGAUCAUUCCUCUUAAAUAG